AUGCCUAGCCAAUCGUCCGGAAAAUCGAUCGCUUCGCACACGCCCAUCUUCUGUGGAUACGUUUCCGAGUUACUUCCAAGCGUCACCAGCUGCACGUACAUCUGGUGCUUCUUGCGUCUACACGCACUAAACAAGAAAUCGCACUUCCGCCGCAAAGACGCUGGAGUCAGGACGGGUACCGACAGGGGAAUCAAGCGCGAAGGCAGGCGUGGGCAGAAGACACUGUACAUCUUCGGGGCCGCGCAGGUAUUUUCCGCUCGUGCGGGGUACCCGGCUCUCGCGGAAAAAUGUAAGGGAAGCACGACAGAUUUGACUGUGAAUGUGCGCAGAAUGGACGCCUUGGGCGAAUGCAUGCCGGAAUGUCUUCACCAAGUUGGGGUGAGAGUGGCUGGUGUGGGCCGCACCCAUGCAUGCCCGGUGGUGUCACUGAUGUUGCUGGUUGUUGAACGUGUGUUCGAUGCGUUCGAUGAGCAGGACAUCAAACACGUCUAG